GCUACCAUCAAUUGUUAAGUAACCAUUAUUCUACAAAAUAUCUUAUUUUGUGUUCAAUAGAAAAAAAGUAAAUGUUUGGGUGAACUAUCCCUUCAAUGCUUCAGGUUGGUUUUGAUGUAAGUUGCGGAGUGCCAUUAAACUUGUGUUAACUUUUAUUUGUCUUUUUUCACUUUAGACCAGAUGGUGCUGAAAGUGGAGAGCCGAGAACUGAAUGAGACGGAGGAGAAAGAUCAGUAUGAGAAACACCAUCAUUUCAUGACUGGAGAGAAUUCCACUCAGAAUGAAAAGAUUUCCGUUCAGAAAACCACGUCGAAUAGUUCUUUUACUUGCCAUCAAUGUGGUAAGAGUUUCACUCAAAAACAAAGCCUUAAAAUCCACAUGAGAAUUCAUACCGGAGAAAAGCCUUUCACCUGUCAACAGUGUGGACUGAGUUUUACACAUAAAGAAAACCUUAAUACCCACAUAAGAGUUCACACUGGAGAAAAGCCUUACAAAUGCCAACACUGUGGACAGAGUUUUGCACAUAAAGGAAACUGUAAUGCCCACAUGAGAAUUCACACUGGUGAGAAACCUUUUACCUGCACACUUUGUCGGAAGAGCUACUCACGAAAAGAAUGUCUCAAGACUCAUAUGCGAGUUCACAUUGGAGAGAAGCCAUUUGUAUGUGGUCAGUGUGGAAAGAGUUUCAGAUGUAAAGAAAACCUCAAUCAGCACAUGAAGAUUCACACAAGAGAGAACUGUUUUAAAUGUAAUGAGUGUAGGAGAAGUUUCACAGAUGGGAAUGACCUGAUGAUUCACUUAAAAACUCACACCAGGGAGAAGCCUUUCAUGUGCCAUCACUGUGGAAAGGCUUGGACAAGCAAAUCAAUCCUUGAGAUUCACAUUAGAACUCACACUGGAGAAAGGCCUUUCACAUGUCCACAUUGUGAAAAAGGUUUCACACACAAAGGAAACCUUAACAUGCACAUGAGAAUUCACACUGGAGAGAAGCCUUACACAUGUCUAAAGUGUGAAAAGAGUUUCACAUAUCCAAGAGAUCUAAAAUGUCAUUUGCAAACUCAUUCUGGAAAGCAACCGUAGUGUUAAUCAGUGUGGCAGGAUAUUUACAAAAUACAGCAGUUUCAGAAAUCACUUGCACUUCGGAGGAAGACCAUUUCCAAUCAUGUUAAUUAAAAACUAUCACGCAUCAUCACUUUUAGAAACACCUGAACUCAUACUCAUACAGUGAGACCCCAGAUUUUAGUACAUUUAUGACACCGUUCGAAUACUGAAAGCGAUGUGAGCAAACUUGGUGACCCAUAUUUAAAAUUUGUGCUCUGCAUUUAACCGAUCCAAGUGCACAAACACGGUAUGAACACACACCCAGAGAAAUUGCAGCAAUAUUGCUGUGGCACCUGGGGAGCAGUUGAGGGAUUUGGUGCAUUGCUCAGUGGUCUCACCUCAGUCAUGGUAUUGAGGGUGUAAGAAAGUGCUGGUCAUUUACUCCCCACACUGACAAUUCCAGCCGGACCCGAGACUCAAACCAGUAACAAGUGGAAGAAAAAAGCAUCUAAGUAUGGUACAAGUCGAUAAGCUUUCUGACGUUACCUUACCAUUUUUUUUACCUUUUGAUCAGAAGGUUCCUAAAUUAUGGUUAGGUUCACAUGAAGACAGGCUGUGUUUGUCUUCUCCACUUUAGUUCUGUUCUCUGGGCUGAUGGAGAAAAACACCUUGGGAAAGAAUAAAACAGGCUUUGGUUGGCCUACUAGAGGAAAAGUCUUGGGUUCCUGAGAAAAGAAUUGCAUCUUCAAGUGUGUAAGAGAUGUUUCUUGUUUGUGCUCUAUAAAAUUGUUUCUUUUGUUCUUUAAUAAAUACAAGUCUGAGUCACAUUGCGCUUGUCUACAGUCUCGUAAUUUGUGUGCAACGUGUCCUCUGCAUAAAGCCAGGCUCACACUUU